CAAAGCUCCUUGUCAUUUCCGGCUAGUACUACUGCAGCAUAUUAUGUAUGCCGCUACGAUCCAGGACGUCUCACGUCUCACCACACUUCCCAUUCUCAAGACUCAAUAGCAAAGGAACCGAGCCGUGGACCCUCCAAAAUGGCAGACAUUCUCACACAGCUCCAAGAAGCGAUGGACACGCUCUGUACGAUGUUCAUCGCAGGCUUCUACUACGUGGAGCGGCACCACGACCUCAAGCCAUUCAGUCCGACGGACAAGAUCCCCGAGCUCAAGGACGCGCCGAAAGAAGUGGAGACUCUCGACCCGCAAACUUUCCAAGCAGGCCAGGCAGAGAUUGCAAAUGACUUGGUCAACCACGCGCGGCUCAUCGAGGCGCUGGUCUCGGCGCUACCGGGGCUGGACAACAGCGAGCGCGACCAACUGCAGAUGAUCCGAGACCUGGAGGAGGAGAUCGCGGAGGUGGAGACCCAGCGGUUGGAGGCGGUGAAGGAGCGGGACGAGGUGCUUGAACAGCUGGACGGGCUGCUCAAGACGGUUUUGAGGCACUAGGGUCUUAGGGGGGGUUCCUUUCGCUUUUCGGGGAAAACUGGGUGAGAGGGGUGGCGUGUGGUUUGCACCGGGUUGCGGCGUUGGUGUUAGACGGUUCGGGACAAGAGGUCAGGGGUGGCAUAAAAAGGCGUUGAGUUCUGGAUUCUUUGGGGAAGGGGGAGAGGCUGGU